AUGGGUGCCGUCGUAUCUUGCUUCGAAGCCAUCUUCCGGACCAUCGGCUCCGUCAUCAUGGCCAUUAUCAGCGGCAUCGGCAACAUGCUCACCGCGAUCAUUAACGGCAUCGUCGCCUUCUUCGGCAUCAUCAUCGGUUGCCUGACAUGCGGCCGCUCUGGAGGCAGGCGUCACAGGCAUCGAGGAAUGCGAGGCUCCAGAAUGCGGAGCACGGUAUAAAGAACAAC